UUAAGUGUUUACUCUUAUAAACGUAACUAUAUUGCAUAUUAAAGUUGAGACAGGCCGUCAAAAACCGUUUAGGAUAUACUGAAACUCUUGGAAUAAAAAAAUGAGUGAAAAUGGUGUCACAACCCAAGAAUCUGCCCAAACAGAAACAGUCCAAACACCAAGGGUAAAAAAGAAAAGGGGGGAUUUUCGUUUUGGACCCACAUUGGGUGAAGGAUCAUACUCAACUGUUAUUCUAGCGAGAGAAAUUGCAAGUGGGCGGGAAUUUGCUAUGAAAGUUUUGGAAAAACGACAUAUUAUGAGGGAGAAAAAAGUCCCACAGGUUGAAAGAGAAAAACAAGUUCUGAGUCGUCUUGAUCAUCCUUUCUUUGUCCGUCUGUACUUCACCUUCCAAGACAGUGAACGAUUGUAUUUUGGUCUAAGUGUUGCAAGAAAGGGUGAACUUUUAUCAAAAAUUAAACAAUUAGGUAAAUUUGACAUGGAAUGCGCGAGGUUUUACACGGCACAGAUAGUUUCUGCAUUACAACAUCUUCAUUCACUCAACAUUAUCCACCGAGAUCUAAAACCAGAAAACAUACUCUUCAAUGAUAAGAUGCAGAUUCAGAUUACGGAUUUUGGAACAGCAAAACAGCUCUCUGACUCUGGGGACGAGCCUAGAUCAUCUUCCUUUGUCGGAACAGCACAAUAUGUGUCUCCGGAGUUACUCAAAGACAAAAAAGCUUGCAAAAGUUCGGACUUAUGGGCACUAGGGUGCAUAGUGUACCAGAUGUUAACAGGAGAGUUUCCCUUCAAAGCUCCGAAUGAAUAUUUAAUCUUCCAGCAAAUUGUGAACUGUAAAUACGAGUUCCCUGAGAAUUUUGACCGCGAUGCAAAAAAUUUAAUUUCCUCGCUACUCCAACUUAACCCAAUGGAGAGACUCGGUAGUGCCUCGUGUGGUGGGUAUGAGCGUCUAAUGGAGCAUCCGUUUUUUUCUGGAAUCGACUGGGAAAAUUUGGCAAAUCAACCUGCGCCAAAAACAAUGUUAGCGCUGGCAGGAGACAGCUCAGAUGAGGAUACAGUGGAAGACUUAGCUGAUGGAUUCGACCAAGCUUUUAUAAACGAUUUCAAAAACCAAGUGGUUGAAGAAUCCAAAGUAAAAGGGGAUUCAUCACAACUUGCAACAAGUGACCCAACAGAUAUAUCUGGGUAUGGACUCCCUGCUGUGAUGGGGAAAGAAGACAGGGAGAGAUGGCUAAGGAAACAACAGUCUUCGGAGUGGGAUUAUUUUGCAAAAGGGAAUCUUAUAUUAAAACAGGGCCAGCUUGAAAAGAAACGUGGCUUUUCAGUUAAACUGCGCGAGUUCUUGCUCACUGAAGGUCCUAAGCUCAUCUACAUCGACCCGAACUCAAAGGAGGUCAAAGGAGAAAUACCUUGGUCCAGUGAACUUCGAACUGAACCAAAAUCUUUCCGAAUUUUUCUCGUUCAUACGCCGAACAGGACCUAUCACCUUAUUGAUAAAUCUAACAAUGCCCUCAUGUGGUGCAAAAAGAUUGAAGAGAUAAAGAAACAUUAUUUCAAAGACGGAAACCAUUAGUUUGAAAUUCAAAAAAUUUAAUUUAAGUUUUCAAAUUUUAUUGAUUCAUGUAAGGUAAUAAUUAUAAUCAUAAAAAGUCACUCAAUGUUAUAUUUCUAAUCCAGAAUGCCCUCAAAAAUUUACAGAAGUAAAUUGUGAGUUUUAUAUUUAAAAAACAUAACCUCAUGCAGACUUAGUUGCUGUAAUAAAGUUGCCAUAUCAAUAAAACCUAGUUUCAUAAAAUAUUGAUUUUCUGGUCAGUUUCAAUACAGACGUUACAGUCAAUAUAUACAUCACAAUUGUCUUCAUUUGAAAAGUUUUGUUAAAAAAAAUUAAAAAAUUUAGGAGGGAAAAAUACAUCACUGGAGAUUGUUUUGGUUUUUGAUUUUUUAAACUGUAUGUGCUGUAAUGUCUGUAUUGGAAUAUCACCCAAUUUUUUAAAGCCUAAAUAUUUCUUUAAACUUUAAGUGUCAUAACUUGUACACACCCAUUUUGUUGCAGGUAAAAAAUGCCACAAAUUUUUCAAGUUUUUAAUACGCUGGUGUUGUUUUUCCAUUGUUGCGUCCAAAUUGUUUUUACUGUAACCAGUCCAAAUUGUUUUUGCUACGAACAAAAAAUUUAAAAAUGUUUUAAAUUUAUGAACUAUUAGUUGUGUACACUUUAUAUUUUCUGCCAUAGCUUGUUUUAAGUUUAAGGUGCUGGUGUAUAACCUGUGCGUAAAACAUAUAAUUUUAAUACUAUCAUAUGCCAUAGAAAAAAAAAUGAAAACGUGUAAUUUGACAAUUUCUGCACACAUAUUUUUCAAAAAGAGGCCAAUAGUCUAAUUUGCCAUUUCCCCCCACUUUUACGAAAAAAAGGCAAACUAUUUAAUUUGACGUUUUCUGCACACAUGUUUUCGAAAAAAUGGAACCAAUUUAAAUUGACAUUUUCUAAUGCACACAUACGGUUACACCUUGCUGUUAAUUACUGCAUGUUUCAAAUUAUGCGUAUAUAUUUAAUGCCACAUGCAUCCUACAUUAUAUAGUGCAACAUGCGAUUAGUUAAUCUUACUAGUUGAUUAUUGUGAUUUUAUUUCCAAGUCUAUUUAUUGGAAUUAUUUUUUAGUAAACUUUUAACUAAAACUG